AUGGCACUGCCAGCAUUACCCCGUGCAGCCAGCGCUGGGCACUUGCAAAGGAACACAGGGCCUCACCAGAAGGCUCAGGGAAAGGACAGAGAGACGAAAGCAAGAACCCUGCUGGAGGCCUUGCCACAUGCUCUUGGCCACUCACAGAAAGAUCUCUUCCAAAGUCCCUUGCGCGAUGGACGCCGACGCUCUGCACCCCAAGCCUUGUCGCAAAGUCAACCACUGGGCUCUCGACCUACCACCUCCGCAUCUGCAGCAACAACUCGCGCGCAGUCGUCGUCCUCGGCAUUUGCAAAGCAGUGCAGAAAGAUGGCGCGGAAAGAGGUGACCCCAGCAAUCAAGUUUGAUCAGGCCUUCGACAUGGCAUACCGGCUGGCAGUAAAAAGGUUGGCCGCUGACAGAAGGCAAGGGCAAGUCUCACUGAACAAAAAUGCCUCCCAAUUCUCAGAAGUUGGUGGCAAGAGUGGAAAGUUGCCAUUUGUGCGCUCCAAAGAAGAGUCGCUAUGGGCUGUUCAUGUCUUGCGCAAGAUUGGGGAGAAGUUAACUGCAGAGGAGGGUCAAGCCAACAAAUCACGGCGCCGGAGUUCUGUCGAGCAAAGCUUCAAGGGCUUUGGAGAUGUCGUGUUUGCAGCACAACUGGCAAGGAAAGAGAUGAUGAUGGGCACAUCUCCGAAAUCCGAGAAGGCUGGUACUGAAUUACGCAGGAACUCCUGUAGAACAGGAUCCUUCAGGAAAUCUUCAGUCACAACAUUGCUGAAGCGGUAUCCCAGUCACACAGAGCUCAGUACUGAGUUGGAGCUGAAGGAAAUCUUGAACCCUCCUGAUGCGGCCAGUAUGCAUACUCGUUUCAGAGUUGACGAUAUUGCGUCUUUCCCUCAUUCUGAGCUCGUACGCAUCACAGAGGCCUUCUACAGGUUUAAGAGCAUCGGAAGCUCCGAUAUUGACGCGGAUGACUUGGAAAAGGUGUUGAGCCACUUGGGUUACCUCAAGAUCGAUCCGCAGGAGAUUGCAGAGACUACACAGAAGUUGACAAAGUUUAGCACCUUAGAUUAUGAGGAGUACAUGCGCUUCAUGCGUGCAUAUACUUCAUAUGAGCGCUCUGAAGUGCAACGAGUCUUCAGAGCGUUUGACGAAGACGGAUCUGGCUCACUGGACACCGAAGAAAUUGAGCAGGUCAUGUGUUCCUUCAACAUCACUCCCUUCAGGUCCACAGUGGAAUCUGCCAUCGCUGUUGUGGAUGAAGACUGCACAGGGACAGUGGAGUUUCAUGAGUUUGUCCACUUGCUGACUAUAUACAUGAAGACAGAAGGAUUUACACGACACGAAGUCAAGGACCUUUACUCCGUUUUUUGGCAGUUUGCUUUGACCUCUUCCCACCCAGUGGCCGCCAACGCAAACUCAGCAACCUCUGCGAACACGCACCUGCGGGAGAUACCAGCAGCGCGCCUGCGCGAUGCUCUCAUGGAUGUGUUUGGCCCGCAGUCUGCUGACUUCGCGGCCAAGAUUGUGAAUCGCGUGAUCCGUCAAAUGGAGAAAAAGAAGGAGGAAAAGGUCGCCAAACGUGCUUUGCGAGAUGGCGGUGGUCAGAAGCCAGAAGAGCAGGGUAUGAAGUUUCGAGAGUUUCUUUUGGUGGCUCGACGUUUGAGAGAAGCUGAGAUCGAGGAGUACCGAAGAAUCUUCGAGAAGAUCUCAACGCCAACAGGUUGCUUGAAACAAGGUGACUUGGGAAGACUGUUGCAGCACUUUGGCUACAUGCCUUUGCAGGUAGACAUCGAUGAUUUGCUGGAAAGGAACAAUAUGCAGGAGGAGCAGGUUGACCUGGAGCGCUUUGUGGCCCUGGUCCAAGAUUUCAAUCGCACGGAUGGCUUUAGUCGGAAGGACCUUAGCACUAUCCACGAGGCCUUUUGCUUGUUCGAUGAAGGCACAGGUCAGAUCGAUGUCCUCCAGGUGGCUGCAAUGCUCCGAUGGAUGGGUUACAGCAUCGAACAUGACCGAGCCGACAGCUAUUUCCAAGCAGUGAACUAUAAGGGUGAAUCACUUCUGGGAUUUGUGCCGCUGCUUCGCCUUAUGAGACUUCAUCGAGAGGACAACGUUCGCCGCAUUCGGGACGUCUUCGAACAGCACUGCAAUGAUGAGUUGGUCAUCAAGCAGGAGCGGCUAAAGAAGGCUUUGACGCAGCUUGACCGCCGAGCCAGUGUCAGCGUCAUUGGCACCUGCUUGAAAGGUGUCCCCAACACGGGCCGUAUCGACUUCGAAGACUUCGUGAAAGUCAUGGAUUACAUGCAGACGUCUUCAAUACCGCAAACCAGGAAGCAGGCUGGCUUCACAGAGGAUGAGGUCAACGUUUUCCGGCAAUCCUUCGAAAAGUAUGACUUGGAUGGGAAUGGCAAACUGGCUCGAGAGGAACUGUCACCAUUGUUGGCUGACAUCAAUAUUAGUAUGCGAACAGUUGAAGAUCAACGCCGAUUCUUGACGUUGCUGGAAGAUGCGCGAAAAGAAGCAUUGCAUUGUGGUGCCACUGUCGAAGAAGUUGGUGAACCUGGCUCUCCAGGUAUUGCCUUCUGGACAUUUAUUCACUUGAUGAGGUUGCUCCAGACCCAGCAAGAUGUGGAGGCAACCCAGGAACACCGCUGCAAGCAUAGCUUCAACGAAAAAGAGUUGGAGGAGCUUCGAGUGAUUUUCAGGACAUGGUGCGCUGUCUUUCUGGAUGACAUGAAGAAAUUUGCGUUGGACUUUGCUGACGACAUCCGCGUAAACAGUGGCGAUAUUGACACAAUGGAUGAUUCAGAGUUGAAGCUGUCCUUUGACACCCUGGAGCUUCUGUUCAGACAGCUCGGAGUGCCCAUCACGCCUACUCACAUGAAGCAGCUGAAGGGCAAGAUGAUCUUGGAUCCUCAGAAUGGACUGCCUGUCCACGAGCGAGCUUAUUUGGUGGAUUGCAACGGAUUUUUUCGGCUCUUGGCCUUUAUGUUGGAUUCCAACUUCGCAGGUCUCCGGGAGACGUCAGAGGAAAUUGCGCAAGCACCAGCUGGAGUUCUGGGGGACUUUGAGUAG